AUGAGCAGCUCCUCCGUCGAGUCAUUAGUCAGCCCAGGGCUGGAGGACAGCCAGACAGAGAAAAUUCCAAGCCCAGGAAAGUCUCUCAGUCCUGUGCUUAUGUGUAAGGUCUGUGGGGAUACCAGCAGUGGUAAACACUAUGGUAUUUAUGCCUGUAAUGGUUGUAGUGGCUUCUUCAAGCGAAGUGUCAGAAGAAAGCUCAUCUACAGGUGCCAGGCAGGUACUGGGAUGUGUCCUGUGGAUAAAGCCCAUCGGAAUCAGUGCCAGGCUUGUAGACUGAAGAAAUGUUUGCAGGCUGGUAUGAAUAAAGACGCCGUUCAGAAUGAACGCCAGCCCCGUAGCACUGCCCAGGUCCGAUUGGACACUGCUGAGCUUGACCCUGAAAAGGAGCACAUAGCCACAACCAGAGAGCCCACUUUGUCAUCUGCCAGCACCCAGAGACCAGCUUCCUCCAACAUCAGUAGCACUCAGAUAACCAUCAGUCCACCCAACAACCAUCGGUUCAUGGCCAGCCUGAUGACCGCUGAGACCUGUGCCAAGCUGGAGCCUGAGGACGUGGAUGAGAACAUCGAUGUGACAAGCAAUGAGCCAGAGAGGACAUCCACCGAGUACCAGAUAUCCAUUUAUCCUCCGAGUAGUCUCGAGAACGUGUAUGAGACUUCCGCCAGAUUGCUUUUCAUGGCAGUUAAAUGGGCCAAGAAUCUUCCAGUCUUCUCUAAUCUGCCAUUCCGGGACCAGGUGAUUCUGUUGGAGGAAGCCUGGAAUGAGCUCUUCCUGCUCUGUGCUAUCCAGUGGUCCAUGCCAUUGGAAAGUUGCCCUUUGUUGUCAUUACCUGAACUCUCUCAUUGCCCUCAGGGCAAGAGUAGUCCUGCUGUGGCUGACAUCCGCAUACUGCAGGAGAUCAUGAGUCGAUUCAAGGCCAUUGCUGUGGACCCCACCGAGUUUGCAUGUCUGAAGGCUGUGGUACUCUUUAAACCAGAAACAAGGGGUUUGAAGGACCCAGAGCAGGUGGAGAAUCUACAGGAUCAGUCUCAAGUGAUGCUGGGUCAGCACAGCAGGACACAUUACCCAAUCCAGCCAGUUAGAUUUGGGAAGUUGCUGCUCCUCCUACCAUCACUCCGUUUUGUCUCUUCAGAACAAAUUGAGCUGCUAUUUUUCCACAGAACCAUUGGUAAUACUCCCAUGGAAAAGCUUCUCUGUGACAUGUUUAAGAGUUGA